AUAGAAAAAGCAUAAGUGUCAAAGUUUGGAGCUGAGGACGAGGUUUUAGGUUAUAAUAAUAUGAAAUAUGGCCUUAAAUAAUUUACCCGUGAUGUUUUUAAGGCGCAAUGGGCUUAAAUCUUUGUACCAAAGUGCUAAAAAUUUACAAAAACUUCAAAAAAACCAAGUAUAUGUGUUAAAAAAUGAAGUAAAAUUUUAUUCAAACUUAAACGUCAAAAGUUUUCUAGGCACAUUGCAAACUAGAGAUAUAUUACACGAAAAAAAAUAUUAUUCCGUAAAAACAGCCCAGCGAGAUCUUGAUUAUUACAAUGAGCAUAACAUAACUGUUAUUGGAGAUAAUGUACCAAGCCCGUAUCGUGACAUCGACAACUGCGACUUCCCAGAUUAUAUAAAAACGUAUUUGAAAAAACAAGGACUUGUCAAGCCAACAAUAAUCCAAUCACAGGGCUGGCCGGUAGCAUUAAGUGGCAAAAAUCUCGUUGGAAUUGCACAAACUGGUACUGGGAAGACACUGGCUUACCUUUUGCCAGCUGCUGUGCACAUCAAAGAAAAACAGGGUAGAAGAAGCAAAGGCCCAAGAGUGUUAGUUCUUGCACCCACAAGAGAACUGGCAAGACAAAUAGAGGAGGUUGCUAAAGAGUUUGAAAGUUUGUUAAAUGUCCGUUGCUUGUGUAUACAUGGUGGGGCAAGUAGAGGACCACAGGCAGCUGCACUGCAGGGGGGUGUGGAUAUUUUGAUAGCCACACCUGGAAGAUUAAAUGAUUUCAUUAACAGUAAAACAACAUCAUUGACUCGAUGUACCUAUGUUGUUCUAGAUGAGGCAGAUAGAAUGUUGGAUAUGGGCUUUGAACCACAGAUUCGUGAAGCACUUGAAGAGGUGCCUCAUGAAAGGCAGAUUCUUAUGUUUUCAGCAACUUGGCCUAAAGAAGUUGAACACUUAGCUAAAGAUUAUUUAGGAGAGUUUAUACAGGUUAAUGUCGGUUCCACUGAGCUAUCGGCAAACCACAACAUACAACAGAAUUUUCAUAUUUGUGAACAAGAAGAGAAAAUGGAAAAAUUCAAGGCAAUCAUGCACGAUAUUUCUAGCCAAGGUUUGGGUAAGGUUUUAGUAUUUACUAAUACUAAAAGAUUUGUGGACACUUUGGCAUUGACAUUAAAGAGGAAUGGUUGGCCAGCUGCUGGUAUCCAUGGUGACAAGACUCAGAAUCAAAGAGAUGCAAUCAUUAACAGGUUCCGCAAUGGGAACACAAACAUACUAGUUGCCACUGAUGUUGCUGCAAGAGGUUUAGAUGUUGAUGGAGUAACACAUGUAAUUAACUAUGAUUUCCCGAAUACCUCAGAAGACUAUAUUCAUAGAAUUGGUAGAACUGGCCGCUUGCAGAAUAAAGGAGUUUCGCACACCCUCCUCACUGAAGAUGACUCAAGGCAUGCUAAAAGUUUGAUCCCUGUACUUAGAGAAGCUAAUCAGGUUGUUCCCCGUGAAUUAGAGGAUAUGGCAAGAAGUCACAAUAUAACGAAACAGAAGGAAUAUCAAAUGAAAUAUAAUACAAAACGCAGUUAUGGCUUUAACCCAAACAAGAGGAAUAAUUUCAGAAGUCGCAACAAUUAUAAUCGAUAUGAUCAUUAUUAAUUAUUAUUAGUUGAUUUAUAGUUAUUACAGUGGGCUGUGUAGUAUUAUGAUUUUUUCCAGUGUUGUAUUCAUAUAUGUGAAUAGUUUUUCCAAAUAAUUAAAGUACAACUAAUGACAUUA